AUGGCAUUGAGCAACAAUGUCAUAGGAAUCAUAAACUUCAUUGCAGUACUCCUCUCAAUCCCUAUCAUAGGUGCUGGAAUUUGGCUAACAACUUUACAAGCAGAAUCAUGUGUCAAAAUCCUACAAUGGCCAGUGAUCAUUUUAGGGAUACUAAUUUUCAUUGUUGCUAUGGUAGGCUUGGUUGGAGCCUUUUGGAGGAUACCAAUGCUUCUUAUAUUCUACCUUAUUGCAAUGAUUGUGCUCAUUGUAUUGUUGGUUUCUUUGGUUAUUUUUGUUUAUUUUGUCACACUUAGAGGACAUGGAAAUAUUGAACCUAAUAGGUCAUAUUUGGAGUAUCGCGUGGAUGAUUUUUCAAUUUGGUUGCGUAGAAGGGUUAGAAGUUCACGUAAGUGGGAUGGAAUAAAGAGUUGUCUUAGUUCAUCGAGUAUUUGUGCUGAGUUGAAUCAAAGUUAUCGAUUACCUCAAGAUUUCUUUAAUGCACACCUAUCACCCUUGCAGUCAGGGUGUUGCAAACCGCCAACAAAAUGUGGCUACACAUUUGUGAACCCAACUUAUUGGAUUAGUCCAAUCAACAAUGGUGAAGAUAAUGAUUGCAUGAAAUGGAGCAAUGAUCAAACACAACUUUGCUACAAUUGUGACUCAUGCAAAGCUGGUUUAUUAGCAACACUUAGAAAAGAGUGGAGAAAAGCCAACGUGAUAUUGAUUGUUACAUUGGUUGGUUUAAUUGUUGUGUAUUUGUUUGGUUGUUUUGCCUUUAGGAAUGCCAAAACUGAGGAUCUUUUUCGCAAAUACAAGCAAGGCUACACUUGA